CAAUGCAGUGGGUGAGGUUUGGGUGUGAGUGAGUGCCUCCACCAGGAAUGCGGUCGUGUGUGUUUGACUGUACACUCUCGCCCAGGCUUAUCUGUCAGUUUCUCUGCAUGUCUCGCCUGACAGACACCGAAAGAGACUCUGAUAAACUCUCACGAUCACGUCAGAAAAUGGAGAAAGGGAAAAGGAGAAUACAGAGGUAGAAGAGACGCGAGAACGGGCACCGUGUGGAUACAUGAAGCGAGUGUCAGAGCACCUGUUCCUGGACACCUGACAGACUUCCAGGAAAUCCCUCACUGAAUCAGCUCGUAGAGACUUUUCUCUCUUUCUCUCUGGUGGAUUUUGUAUUCAUCCAGAUUCUAACUCAGUGAACUUUGUGUGGAUUAUGGCUGUGGACUGACUGAACAUUUGAAUUCAAACUCUAGAUCUACUGCAGGUGCUGCUUUACCUUUCAGAUUCGUAUCUUGUUUUUACUUUCGUUGCCAAAUUUUCACUUUAAGAAGUUAAAUCUGUGUCUGUCAAGUUGAGGCUUCGGCAUCACUCUUGGACUUUUUAUUCCCUGGAUGAAUACUGUCUCUGUAUAUCAUGUGUACAAAGAUAUUCUCAGGAGAUAUUCUGUGAUCGACCGCGUUAUGAUGUUGGAAUGACAUCAGAGUUUCUGCUAAGGUGACAACAGAGAGAACGAUCUCACUAAAGAUUUUACAUCUGACUCCUGACUGAUGCUACACACACUGCUGGAGCUGAACAUGGUAUCUCACUGCAUCAGAAGUGAACCCCAAAGCCUGUCCUUGUGGUGAGGUCCCUGCUGUAACCAUGGCAUCCUGGGUGAAGCAGCAGGAGCGUGGCCUGUCCUCUCUAUUUUCUUGCUGCUUCAGAGGAAAUGACCAACCAGAGAUCACCUACUGCCAUGAAAACAUUGACAACAUGGCUGUGCUGGAGCCCACCCUGCCCAUGCCCCCCCUUCAAGAGCUGGACUCCAGGUUUGCUGAGCUGGUGGAUGAAUUGGACCUUACAGAGGAGCACAGAGCUGCCAUGUUUUCUCUGCCAGCAGAGAAAAAAUGGCAGAUCUACUGUAGUAAGAAAAUGGAGGCAGAGGAGAAUAAAGGAGCUACCAGCUGGCCAGAGUUUUAUAUUGACCAGCUCAGGACCAUGGCUACUAGGAAGACUCUGCUGGCACUGGAGGAUGAAGAAGAUCAGGGAAGACAAAAGGUGGUAGAAGGUCUGAAAACAGCACUGAGGACACAACCAAUGAGAUUCGUGACACGAUUCAUUGACUUGGAUGGCCUGUCUUGUAUCCUGAAUUUCCUCAAGUCAAUGGACUACGAGACUACUGAGUCUCAGAUCCACACCUCAUUGAUCGGCUGCAUCAAAGCUCUAAUGAACAACUCUCAGGGUAGAGCUCAUGUCCUGGGUCACACUGAGAGCAUCAACAUCAUCGCGCAAAGUCUCGCCACUGAAAACAUCAAGACAAAGGUUGCAGUGUUAGAGAUCCUCGGCGCGGUAUGUUUGGUGCCAGGGGGCCACAAGAAAGUACUAGAAGCUAUGCUGCACUACCAGAAAUUCGCCUCAGAGAGAACUCGCUUUCAGAACCUGCUGACAGACUUGGAUAGAUCCACUGGCCGCUACAGAGAUGAAGUCAGUCUGAAGACUGCCAUCAUGUCCUUCAUCAACGCUGUGCUCAGUCAGGGAGCAGGAGCGACCAGUCUGGAGUUCCGCAUCCAUUUGCGCUACGAGUUCCUGAUGUUGGGCAUCCAGCCAGUCAUUGACAAACUACGUUCCCAUGAAAACGCCACCCUGGACAGACAUCUGGACUUCUUUGAGAUAUUGAGGAAUGAGGAUGAACUUGCGAUUUCCAAACGCUUUGAUGUUGUCCAUAUAGAAACUAAGAGUGCCAGUCAGAUGUUUGAGCUGAUCAAGAAGAAUCUGAACCACACUGAAGCGUACCCUCACCUCCUGUCUGCACUGCAGCACUGUCUCAUGAUGCCAUAUAAGCAGAGCAGUACCACACUUCAGUACUGGGUGCUGUUGGACCGGAUCAUUCAGCAGCUGGUUCUGCAGACAGACAAAGGUGAAAACCCUGAUUUUGCUCCACUGGAGGACUUCAACGUUAAAAAGAUUGUGCGCAUGCUCGUCAAGGAGAACGAGGUCAAACAAUGGAAAGAACAAGCUGAUAAAAUGAGAAAAGACCAUCAGAACUUACAGCAGCGUUUGGAAAAGAAAGAGAGGGAGUGUGAGGCCAAGAACAAGGAGAAAGAAGAUAUGAUGGCGAUGCUGAACAAGAUGAAAGACAAGCUGGAGCGAGAGAUCAACGAUCACAAGCAAGCCAAACUACAAGUGGCCGAACUGUCUGCACGGCUGCAGCAGCUCAGCUCUAAUCAGACCUCCAGUGUUCCAGGAGGACCUCCUGUGACCUCCGCUGGUUUGGUUUCUCCUGGUAUCGUCCCGUCCAUUCCAUCUCUUCCUCCUCCUCCUCCUCCUCCACCACCCCCUCCUCCCCCGGGGGCCCCGCCAGCUUUUGGCAUGGCUCCGUUAGCUCCACCUCUUCCUCCAGGAGCUCCGCUCGGAGCUGCCCGCAAGAAGAAUAUUCCUCAGCCAUCCAACCCGAUGAAGUCAUUCAACUGGAGCAAACUGCCUGAGAACAAGACAGAAGGAACCAUAUGGAAAGAAAUCGACGAUCUCGAGGUGUUCAAGGUCCUGGAUCUAGAGGAGUUCCAGAAGACCUUCUCAGCUUACCAAAAGCCACAAAAGGAUGCUGAGGAUGAUCACACUUUCACUAAGAAAGUCAAGGAGCUGUCAGUGAUCGAUGGUCGCCGCGCACAGAACUGUAACAUCCUGCUCUCACGACUGAAGCUGACCAAUGAGGAGAUCCGCCAUGCCAUCCUGACCAUGGAUGAACAGGAGGACUUACCUAAAGACAUGCUAGAGCAGCUUCUGAAGUUUGUUCCAGAGAAGAGUGACAUUGAGCUGUUAGAGGAACACAAGCACGAGCUGGACCGCAUGGCCAGAUCAGACCGCUUCCUGUACGACAUGAGCAGAAUCAACCACUAUCAACAGAGACUCCAGGCUCUCUACUUCAAGAAGAAGUUUGCUGAGAGAGUGGCUGAGGUCAAACCUAAAAUCAAAGCUCUGUGUCUUGCGUCCAGUGAGGUGGUACAGAGUGGGAUGCUGCGUCAACUCCUCGAGGUGGUUCUGGCCUUUGGGAACUAUAUGAACAAAGGACAAAGGGGAAAUGCCUAUGGAUUUAAAGUGUCCAGUCUCAACAAGAUAGCUGACACCAAGUCAAGCAUAGACAAGAACAUCACUCUGCUCCACUACAUGAUCACUGUGCUGGAGAAGAAGUAUCCAAAGGUGGCAGCUUUCAGUGAGGAGCUGCAGAAUGUACCAGAAGCUGCUAAAGUCAAUCUGACAGAGUUGGAGAAGGACAUUGGCAGUCUGCAGCUAGGCCUAAACAGCGUUGAGAUGGAGCUGCAGUACCAGCAGGCUCAGUCUUCUCACAGUCCUGCUGAUAAGUUCAUCCCCGUGGUCAGUCAGUUCAUCACUGUGGCCUCCUUCAGCUUCUCUGAGGUAGAGGAGUCACUUGCUGAGGCCAAAGAACUGUUUGGAAAGGCACUGAGACACUUUGGAGAAGACUCAUCCAACCUGCAGCCCGAUGAGUUCUUUGGGAUCUUCGAAACUUUCCUCGCUGCUUUCUCUGAGGCCAAACAGGACAAUGAGAACAUGGCCAGACGCAAGGAGGAGGAGGAGAAACGGGCACUCAUGGAGGCACAGCUGAAGAGAGACAGGGAGCAGAGGACGAGGAAAGCCAAGGCGCAUGAAGAGGAGGGCGGAGAGUUUGACGACUUGGUGUCGGCGCUGCGCUCUGGAGAGGUGUUUGAUAAGGAUCUGUCCAAAAUGAACCGCCGAAAACAGCGGAGACACAAUUCAUUUGAAGGCAGCCGAGAGAGACCAGUAACAAAACUAAACCAGUAACAGGAAGCUUCAUGGACAGCAACAACAUCUCACUGGGAAAAGCCUGCAGAAUGUCCCACUAAUACUGUGGUGGGUAUGAUGGUAUUAUUCUCUCUUAAACCCACACUUCUGGUUCAUGGUUCGAUGUUGUACAUAUAAAGAUACAUACAGUAUAUGUACAGUAUAUAGAGACAACCUUUGUCCUUUGGACCUUUGUUGUGCUGCCAUUGACUGUGGAGGCAUCUAGAGUAAACAACAACAAGCCUGAGUUUUUCAUACAGACACAGUAUAACACAAAGUGCAUUAUUUUUCACUCUGCUCUGAUCUAGUUGCAGAUAGAGGAGAAUCUGUCUUUGAGCAAUAGUUCUGUUUCUUCGCUGCUCUGAAUGAUCUGCAUUCCAUUACCAGCACUGUGCAUUUGUAUUUUUUUUUUCUACAUGUAAAUAUGUGGUGAUGUAACUGUUUUUUUUUGAUUGAUUGAAGAUUGCUGCUUGUGUGAAAAAUAUGAAGCUACAGUUAGUUUAGCUGGAAACAACGAGUCUGUACAAAGUCAACAAAUGAUUAUAUUUAACAGAGCCAGGCUGACCAUGUCCUGACUCCAGCUCCAUAUGAAUACCCUCACUUUACGCACUGACAGAAAAGUAUUUAACAAAAUGUUGAACUAUUCCUUUAUCACAGUUCAGUCACUGCAGAGAUGUGUGAUGCAGACUGUGAACAACAUGGAGUUGAGUUUUCUUCUAUAAAUAUAACGUACUCCACACCUACACUUACUUUAGUGUUUAUGUAAAAAUGAAUAUAUAUAUAUAUAUAUAUAAUAAUAAUAAAAAAUCUUACUUUAAAGCUCUCAUAUGGACAUAUGAGAUAGAUAAAAUAUAUUUAACAUAUGUACAAAAUGUGUAUAUUGCCCAAAUGUGCGCAUGUUAAAUAUUGAUGAGUUUCAUUAGACUUGUAAAUUACAGUUCUGAAAGAGAAAAUCGAUCUGUUAAAACAUCUAUUGAUCAAUGUGAAAUUUAAACCAAGUUGAUAUUA